GCCAAUCCCCUCAGGCGGGGGGGUGGGAGGUGGUGCUGGCCCCCCUCCUCGGCCUCUCCAUCCCCCCCGCGCUACCCAGCGUCUCUUUCGCAGGUGGCACCAUGGGGACAGGCUGUGUCGCCAUGCCCAGGACCCAUUCUGCAAGCAUCGAGUACCAACACCAUCUGGCCCUGGAAGUGUGCUGCUAAGAGGGAGUGGUGCCCGAGCUUGGGCAUGUGCUGCUGGACUAUGCCAUGUCCCCUUUUGGCCAGUGGGCAGCCUCUGCCCUGUGAGGACGUGGCCAGCCUCGAGCCAGACACCAGAACGCUGGGGUGCCCAGUACCACCAUGGCCCAAGGCUGGGACACAGGGAUGACGUCAGGCAGCAGGUCGCGGAGCUCCAGCAGCGAGGCCAGCCUGGCUCCCCACUGCCUUCUCAGCAAGCAGAGCCGGCUGGUCAAUGGGGUCACACAGGGUAGCCGCACUGCCUCCCCCAUGGGCCGUGUCAUCCUCAUCAACACUCCCAUUGAAGCUAGCAGCAAUGAAAGCGACAUCAUCAAUGCCAUCACAGUGGAGAAGAGCGCGGAUGGCAAGCUGGGCUUCAGCGUCCGUGGGGGCUCUGAGCAUGGGCUGGGCAUUUUUGUCAGCAAGGUGGAGGAGGGCAGCGCUGCUGAGCAAGCUGGGCUGUGUGUUGGUGACAAGAUCACAGAAGUGAAUAGCAUAAGCCUUGAGAACAUCACCAUGAGCAGUGCUGUCAAGGUCCUCACUGGCAACAACCGCCUCCGCAUGGUGGUCCGGCGGAUGGGCCGUGUGCCAGGCAUCAAGUUCUCCAAGGAGAAGACAGCAUGGGUGGAUGUGGUGAACAGGCGCCUGGUGGUGGAGAAAAGUGGCUCAACGCCAUCAGAGAGCGGCUCUGAGGAUGGGUUGCGGCGCAUUGUCCACCUCUACACCACCUCUGAUGACUACUGCCUGGGCUUCAACAUCCGUGGCGGCAGGGAGUUCGGCCUCGGCAUUUACGUCUCCAAGGUGGAUCCCGGGGGUCUGGCAGAGCAGAAUGGCAUUCGGGUGGGAGACCAAGUCCUUGCAGCCAACGGAGUCAAGUUUGAAGACAUAAGCCAUAGCAAGGCAGUGGAGGUGCUCAAGGGACAGACCCACAUCAUGCUCACCAUCAAGGAGACGGGCCGGUUCCCUGCCUACAAGGAGCUGGUGGCCGAGUACUGCUGGCUCAGUCGCUUGACCAAUGGACAGCUGCAGCAGCUGUCUCAGACCUCGGAAACCAGCUCCUCCAUCUCCUCCUACUCCUCGGGGCCAGCACCAGGGACAGUGAACGGGCUGGGGACAGGCACCCCAGUGUCCCCUGCCCGCACUGUGGAUGUGGCCAUCUCCACGGAGGAUGGGCCCCGGCGAGGCUGGGGCCGGGAGCGUGCCGAGAGGGCCAUGCAGACCGAGCCAGCUGCCGAAGGGCUGCCAGAGACGCGGCGCACGGUGCGGCCCCCCGAGCUGCUGCGGGACACGGCCAUCCGGGGCCAGGCCACUCGAGAGCCCUCUGGCACCCACCCACGCCGAACCUUCACCCACUCACCCAAGACAGCACUGCUGCUGGCUCUCAGCCGGCCUCGGCAGCCCAUCACACGCUCCCAGAGUGACCUCACUGUUGCUGAGGAGAAGCGGAAGAAGAAGCCAGAGGGACAAGGGGCAUGGGGGGCACCCCCAGGGCUGCACCGCUCCAAAACCCUCGUCAACCUCUUCUUCAAGGGAGGCCGUGCCGCCAGCCAGAGCUGGGCCUUGCCUAGCCAGGAGCCCCCCGCCCCUGACCGCAGGGCACGCGCCAAGUCCCCAGGACGCCCCGAUGGGGACAGAGUAGGUGCUGUGCAGAAGUUUGUCAUCCGGAGCCUGAGACGGGAGAAAAGCCGGCGUGCCAGCAUCCUGGGCCCUGCCAGCAUCACUGCCCUGCAGCCCAAUGGCAGCGACCCCGAGGCCCGGUUCCCGCACAUCCAGGACACUGCUGCACGCCUCCUCAGCCCCGACGAGGUGACAGCCGUGCUCCGCCACUGCUCCAGGUACCUGCAUGAGGGCAGCGUGGAGGAUUUAGUGCGGCCAUUGCUGGCCAUCCUGGACCGGCCAGAGAAGGUCAUGCUGCUGAGGGAUGUGAGGAGUGUGGUGGCCCCCACAGACCUGGGUCGAUUUGACAGCAUGGUGAUGCCCUUGGAACUGGAAGCUUUUGAUGCCCUAAAGAGCCGUUCAGUGCGCUCGCCUGCCCUCCGCCCAGCCCAUCAUGACAUCCCCCCCAAGAGACACCUCAUCACACCAGUGCCUGACUAUCGGGGCGGGUUCCUGCUGAAGCCGGCGGGGGCCCCAGAGCCGGAAGAAGCCGGCGGGCUGCAGGCAAGCCCGGGCCGGCCGCGGGCCUCCCCCGGUCCCCGCCGGCUUCACCCCCGCACCUAUACCCCGCUCCCCGAUGUGCCAGUGGAUGCCUAUGCCUGCACCAGCCGCCCCCCACCCGCGACCAGCCCGAAAUCCCCCAACUGGCUGCUGACCAAGCCCCUCCCCGGGGAGGAGCAUGGGCACCCAGGCAGCACCUGGCGCAAGGAGCCCUCUGGCACAGCAUCUACCGAAGUUCUGGGGAAGCCCCGGCGGGCACGGUCUCCCCUUGCACCUCUCUUCGGGGGGCCGGGGGGUGAGGCAAGGGCUGGGGCAGCCAUCAACGGCCCUGAAGAUGCUGGCAGGGAGGAAGAGGAGGUGGAGUAUCGGCUGCUCACUGUCACCCUCUCCAAGCUGAAGCACUCGCUGGGGAUCAGCAUCUCUGGUGGUAUCGAGUCAAGGGCACAGCCAGUGGUGAAGAUCGAGAAGAUCUUCCCUGGAGGAGCUGCCUUCCUCAGUGGCAUCCUCAAGGCUGGGCAGGAGCUGGUGUCCGUCGAUGGGGAGAGCCUGCAGAAUGUCACCCACCAGCGGGCGGUGGACAUCAUCCGCCAGGCCUACCGCAACAAAGCCAAGGAGCCCAUGGAGCUGGUGGUGCGGGUGCCCGGAGCGCCUCUGGAGUGAUGCUGCACACCGACCCUGUUCAAGGAGCCAGCCCAUGCUCAUUCCUGCACCAGACUGUGGCCAGUCUCAGCACAGGCAGAGGGUGUGAGAGCCAGACCCACUGGAUGGGCAUGGAGGAGCUGCCUGCAGCAGAACCCUGGUGGGGGCACCACUGGCAACAUGUGAGGAGAACAAGCAGCCUGUGACCCUGCUCCAGACACACAGACACAGGCCUGAAAAAACCACAGCCAGGGGCUUGUUUUUAAUUAGCAUUUCUGGGUGGUACACAGUUGAGCCAGGCUCUGGGAAUGGGACACAACCAAAAUAAAGUACAAAAAUUCCCUCCCAGAGCUGGGGGCAAACAAGCCAGAGCUGGGCACAGCCAGACUUUUCCUUUGGUUUGACCCCUCUGUAUACCCAGCUGGCCGCCCACCUCUGCCCACCCUUAAGGUGUCCCCAGGGUGUCCCCAGCUGACACCCUUGGCACCAUGCCCCUCUCCCCUGGCAGCCUGGGCAUCACAGGGGCAUGGGCUAGGCUUUUUUUUGGGGGGGGAGGGAACAAGAACACUGGGGUCAAGUGUAUGGGAAAGGCACUGAGGGCAAGCUGCCCUGUGGCUGGGGUGAGGGCACACAGACAGGCAGAGUGUGAGCUGGGAGAGGGUGAUAUGUUUUGUUAGGUCCUAUAAAAAUAGAGUUAUUUAAAAUGGCACAGAAACAAAUCCCCUGACAAACACAUGGGGGGUGAGGUGGAGGUUGGGAGGCUGGCAUGGGCUGGCCGGCCUGGGCUGGCAUAUGCCACUCCCUUUGGGAAGUGCCCGGGGACAGAGGGAACAAGCCAACCCUCCCCCUGCCCAAGGUGACCCUUGCUGGAGCCAGUGCUGCUAAUCCCCUGGGCACUAAGAGGAUCAGCAGGAAUCGGCUCUGGGCAGCCCUGAGCCCGUGAUUCUGCACCCACCUGGCCCUUUACCUCACGGGCACUCCCUGCUGUGGUGGGUGCAGAUGCACCCUUGCCUGAACACCUCCAUGCUGGAGAGGGGGCAGUGUCUGCAGUCCCCUCUGCCCCCUCCCAGCACUAGUGGUCUCUGCAGGGAUCUCCCACAGGCCCAGGGCUCCCAAAAUCCCA